AACGCUUCUGUCGAUGAAGUUACAACCCUUUUGGUUGUUUCUUCUAAUGUUGUUUUCUGCAUUUCCCCAUUCUUAUGCUUUCAAUUCUUCCGGAAUUGCUUCAAAAGCAAAUGCUCUGCUGAAGUGGAAAGCCAGCCUUGACAAGCAGAGUCAAGCUUCUCUUUAUUCAUGGACUGCCAACACUUCUUGCAAUUGGUUCGGAAUUGCAUGUGAUCACUCCAAUCAUGUCUUCCAAAUAAAUCUUCCAAAUAUUGGAUUAAGAGGUACGCUUCAAAAUCUCAACUUCUCAAUGCUUACAAACAUUCACACUCUAAAUGUAAGUAACAACUCCCUGAGCGGAAGUAUUCCUCCUCAAAUUGGAAUUCUGUCCAAUCUAGUUGUUCUUGAUUUGUCUGCUAAUAAACUCUCUGGGAUUAUCCCUUCUGAAAUAACACAGUUGAUUAGCCUUCAAAAGUUGAACAUGGCACAAAAUACUUUUAGUGGGUCCCUUCCUCAAGAAAUAGGAAGAUUGAGGGAGCUGAGAAUGCUUCAUGUUCCUUAUUGCAAUCUCACAGGGACAAUCCCAAUCUCUAUAGAAAAGUUGAACAAUUUGAUUCAUCUAGAUAUAGGAUCCAACAACCUUUCUGGCAGUAUUCCUCAGAGAAUUUGGCACAUGGACCUAAAGUAUUUGUCAUUUGGAACUAAUAAAUUCCAUGGUUCUUUUCCCAAAGAAAUUGUGAAUAUGAGCAACCUGGAGUUUCUAUAUCUUGGGGAAAGUGGCCUUUCUGGCACCAUGCCCCAAGAAAUUGACAUGCUGGGGAAACUAAUUCAUCUCGACAUGAGCAGUUGUAAUCUUUCUGGUCACAUACCUCGUGAAAUUGGUAAGUUGAUCAGUCUUACUUAUCUUAACCUUAUUGGAAACCAAUUUUCAGGUUUUAUUCCUCAUGAAAUUGGAUUUUUGAGAAAACUCAGUGAACUUGAUUUGUCUGAGAAUUUUCUCUCUGGUAAAAUCCCUUCCACAAUUGGAAACUUGAGCAAUUUAAGUUAUCUUUACCUUUUUGGCAACCAAUUCUCUGGCUUUAUCCCGGAUGAAAUAGGAAAUUUACAUUCCCUUCUAACAAUCCAGUUGCUGGACAAUAAUCUCUCUGGACCAAUUCCUACUUCUAUAGGUAACCUGAUCAAUUUGGAAUCCAUUUUACUUUAUCAAAACAACCUUUCUGGAUCAAUUCCUACUUCCAUAGGUAACCUGGUCAAUUUGGAAUUCGUUUUAGUUUCUCAAAACAAACUUUCUGGAUCCAUUCCUUCCACUAUUGGAAAUUUGUCGAAGCUUCGUGAAUUAUUUUUACUUAACAAUAAUCUCAGUGGCAAGGUUCCAAAAGAAAUGAACAGGAUUAUUGCUUUGGAAAAUUUGCAGCUAGCUAAUAAUAAUUUUGUUGGCCAUUUACCUCACAACAUUUGCAUUGGGGGAAAACUAACACGGUUUUCUACUAGCAAUAACCAUUUCACUGGCCAUAUUCCAGAGAGUUUGAAGAAUUGCUCUACCCUUAUACGAGUGAGACUUGAGGAAAAUCAAUUAACUGGAAACAUAACAGAUGCUUUUGGUGUACUUCCAAACUUGGACUACAUCGAAUUGAGUGAAAACAAUUUUUAUGGUCAUCUUUCACCAAAUUGGGGGAAGUUCCGCAGCCUCACAAGCCUCAAGAUCUCUAACAAUAACUUAUCAGGUGUUAUCCCACCAGAACUAAGCGAGGCAACCGAAUUACGAGAACUUCAGUUAUCCUCAAAUCAUCUUACAGGAAGCAUUCCACAAGAUUUAUCUAAAUUGGUUUUGUUGUUUCGUCUAUCACUCAACAACAAUAAUCUUUCAGGAAAUAUUCCCACAAAAAUUGCAUCAAUGAAGAAUCUUCAAAUUUUGAGGCUUGGAUCUAAUAAUUUGUCUGGGUUAAUUCCAGACCAACUUGGAAAUUUGCCCAGUUUAUUGGAAAUGAAUUUGAGUCAGAAUAAAUUUGAGGGAAAUAUUCCUCCAGAUUUUGACAAAUUAAUAUCUCUUACAAUUCUUGAUCUCAGUGAAAAUUUGUUGAGGGGAAGAUUAACACAUAAGCUUGGAGGAUUAGAAAAAUUAGAAACGUUGAAUCUCUCUCAUAAUAGUCUCUCAGGUGAUCUUUCUAGCUUUGAUGAUUUGAUGGGCUUGACAUCUAUUGAUAUAUCUUACAAUGAGUUUGAGGGUCCACUUCCAAACAUUCUUGUGUUUCGCAAUGCUACAAUGGAAGCAGUAAGAAAUAAUAAAGGCUUGUGUGGCAAUGUUAGUGGCUUAAAGCCUUGCCCAACACUAAGUGGGAAAUCACAUAAUCAUAUGACAAAGAAAGUCAUAACAAUGGUUCUACCCCUUACUUUGGGCACUCUAAUGCUGGCAUUGUUUGUUUUCGGAGUCUUGUAUUAUUUAUGCAAAAAUUCAGUGCAAAUGGAAGAGGAAGCUACCAAUUUACAAACUCUAAACACGUUUGCAAUAUGGAGUUUUGAUGGCAAAAUGGUAUUUGCGAAUAUUGUUGAAGCCACUGAAAAUUUUGACGAUAAGCAUCUCAUUGGAGUUGGAGGACAAGGACAAGUUUACAAAACAAUGUUACCCUCAGGUCAAGUUGUGGCUGUAAAGAAACUGCAUUCAGUUCCAAAUGAAGAAAACCUUAAUGUGAAAGCUUUCAGAAGUGAGAUCCAAGCUCUGACAGAAAUUCGCCACCGUAACAUUGUAAAGUUAUAUGGGUUUUGUUCACAUUCCCAAUGGUCAUUUCUGGUGUGUGAAUUCUUGGAGAAGGGCAAUGUCCAGAAUAUUUUGAAGGAUGAUGAAGAAGCAAUUGCAUUUGAUUGGAAUAAGAGAGUGAAUGUUAUUAAAGAUGUAGCAAAUGCUUUAUUGUACAUGCAUUAUGAUUGCUCACCACCAAUUAUUCAUCGUGAUAUAUCAAGUAAAAAUGUCCUUUUGGAUUUGGAAUAUGUGGCACAUGUCUCUGAUUUCGGAACAGCCAAGUUUCUUAAUCCCAAUUCAUCCAAUUGGACCUCAUUUGUAGGAACCUUUGGAUAUGCCGCUCCAGAACUUGCAUACACAAUGGAAGUGAAUGAGAAAUGUGACGUGUAUAGUUUUGGAGUGUUGGCAUGGGAAAUACUUCUGGGAAAGCAUCCUGGUGAUUUUAUAUCUUCCUUAUUAUCAUAUUCAUCCACUACUGAUCAUAUGACAUUGAUGGAUAAGUUGGAGCAGCGUCUCCCUCCUCCAACUAAACGUUUACUUAAAGAGGUGGCAUCAGUUGUGAAGAUAGCACUUGCUUGCAUGACUGAAAGUCCACGAUCACGCCCUACUAUGAAGGAUGUUGUCAAUGAGCUUGUAGUGUAAAGCUCAUCUUCCAUGGAUGAACUCAAUAUCUCAACUUACGUGUGAUGUGUCUAAAAGAUGUCACUGACAACCUCAGAAGCGCAUCUACUCCAAUGUAUGUACUUAUCGCGAUCCAACAUC